AAUCUCUCUCUCUCUCUCUCUCCUUUUAUUUAUAGCCACCCAAUAUGCUGAACUAACUCUUGUAAUAUCUGUCCUUCGUUGCGAGACCAAACUCGCUCGUCCCAGUGUGAUCUCUCUCUGUCUCUCUCUUUUUGCGUCACUGGGCGCGACCAUCAUCCGGUGAAAUGGCGAAGGGCGGGGAGGUGAAGCUGAUCGGGGGGUGGCCAAGCCCGUUCGUGAUGAGGCCAAGGAUCGCGCUGAACCUGAAGGGGUUGGAGUACGAGUUCCUGGAGGAGAAGUUCGGCGCCAAGAGCGAGCUCCUCCUCCGCUCCAACCCGGUCCACAAGAAGAUCCCCGUCCUCCUCCAUGCCGACCGCCCUGUCUGCGAGUCCCUCGUCAUCGUCCAGUACAUCGACGAGGCCUGGCCCUCCUCCGGCCCUUCCAUCCUCCCCUCUGAUCCCUACGACCGCGCCACCGCCCGCUUCUGGGCCGCCUACAUCGAUGAGAAGUGGUUCCCGUCCAUGAGCGGCAUCGCCAGAGCGCAAGGGGAGGAGGCGAAGAAGGCGGCGAUCGACCAAGUCGUCGAAGGCCUGUCGCUGCUGGAGGACGCGUUCGGCAAGAUCAGCAAGGGCAAGCCCUUCUUCGGUGGGGACACCAUCGGCUUCCUCGACAUCGCGCUCGGGUGCUUCCUCGGGUGGGUGAGGGUGACGGAGAGGACGCAAGGUCUGAAGCUGCUCGACCAGGCCAAGGUCCCGGGGCUGGCCAAGUGGGCCGAGAGGUUCUGCGCCGACAGCGCGGUGAAGGGGGUGAUGCCGGAGACGGAGAAGCUCGCCGAGUUCGCCAAGUUGAUAAUGGCCAAGUUCAGAGCUCCUCCUCCCCAGUGAAUCAGGGAGAAGCAGUUUCUUGUUCGCUCGUUUUAGACGCGCAAUCGUGCGGUGAUGACUGAGUAGGGGAAUAAAUGUUGUGGACCUUCUUGGGUUGCUUGCAGCUCCGACAUGUCACUCUUUUGAGGUGGCCGGGGUACGCUCAUUUAGAGCAGGGUGGCAGAAGAAUGUACUGUCGAGGUCUCGGUUGAACUUUGUAUUCAACAAAGAUCAAUCUGGCCUUUCUGAAUUAAUUUCUUGUCCAGAGUACGCGCCGUUGA